GGCGGGGCUUUGGGCGAUUGCAGCCGGCGGUCGGUCCGCCGGUCGGCGGCUGUGUGGGUAGCCGCCAGGUCGGCGGGGGCGGAGACGCGGGAGGUUGAUGGGGGUCGCCUCAACCUCGGCCUCAACCUGUAGCACAGCUUCAGCCACGCAAACGGAGAUGGUGCCCUGGGUGCGGACGAUGGGGGAGAAGCUGAAGCAGCGGCUCCGGCUCGACGUAGGACGCGAGAUCUGCCGCCAGUACCCGCUGUUCUGCUUCCUGUUGCUCUGCCUCAGCGUCGCCUCCCUACUUCUCAACAGGUAUCUUCAUGUUUUAAUGAUCUUCUGGUCAUUUGUUGCUGGAGUUGUUACCUUCUAUUGCUCAUUGGGACCAGAUUCUCUCUUACCAAAUAUAUUCUUCACAAUAAAAUACAAACCCAAGCAGUUAGGACUUCAAGAAUUAUUUCCUCAAGGUCGUAGCUGUGCUGUUUGUGGUAAAGUGAAAUGUAAACGACAUAGGCCUUCCUUACUACUUGAAAACUACCAGCCAUGGCUAGAUUUAAAAAUUUCUUCCAAGGUUGAUGCAUCUCUCUCAGAGGUUCUUGAAUUAGUGUUGGAAAACUUUGUUUAUCCGUGGUACAGGGAUGUAACAGAUGAUGAGUCCUUUGUUGAUGAACUGAGAAUUACAUUACGGUUUUUUGCAUCUGUCUUAAUUCGAAGGAUUCACAAGGUGGAUAUUCCAUCUAUUAUAACCAAGAAACUGUUAAAAGCAGCAAUGAAGCAUAUAGAAGUGAUAGUUAAAGCCAGUCAGAAAGUAGAAAAUACAGAGUUUUUACAGCAAGCUGCUUUAGAAGAAUAUGGUCCAGAGCUUCAUGUGGCUUUGAGGAGUCGAAGAGAUGAAUUACACUAUUUAAGGAAACUCACUGAACUACUUUUUCCUUAUAUUUUGCCUCCUAAAGCAACAGACUGCAGAUCCCUGACCUUACUUUUAAGAGAGAUCCUGUCUGGUUCAGUGUUCCUUCCAUCUUUGGAUUUCCUAGCUGAUCCAGAUACUGUGAAUCAUUUGCUUAUCAUCUUCAUAGAUGACAGUCCACCUGAAAAAGCAACUGAACUGCCUUCCCCUUUGGUUCCAUUCUUGCAGAAAUUCGCAGAACCUAGAAAUAAAAAGCCAUCUGUGCUGAAGUUAGAAUUGAAGCAAAUCAGAGAGCAGCAAGAUCUCUUAUUUCGUUUUAUGAACUUUCUGAAACAAGAAGGAGCAGUGCAUGUAUUGCAGAUAUGUCUGACUGUGGAGGAAUUCAAUGAUAGAAUUUUGCGACCAGAGUUGUCAAAUGAUGAAAUGCUGUCUCUUCAUGAAGAGUUGCAGAAGAUUUAUAAAACCUAUUGUUUGGAUGAAAGUAUUGACAAAAUUCGAUUUGAUCCCUUUAUUGUAGAAGAGAUUCAAAAAAUUGCUGAAGGCCCUUAUAUAGAUGUUGUGAAACUUCAAACUAUGAGAUGCCUUUUUGAAGCAUAUGAACAUGUACUGUCUCUCUUAGAGAAUGUGUUUACACCUAUGUUCUGCCACAGUGAUGAGUAUUUCAGGCAACUUUUAAGAGGUGCAGAAUCACCAACACGCAAUUCAAAAUUGAACAGAGGUAGCCUAAGUUUGGAUGAUUUUCGGAGCACACAGAAGAGAGGAGAAUCAUUUGGAAUCAGCAGAAUAGGUAGCAAAAUUAAAGGAGUAUUCAAAAGUACCACAAUGGAGGGAGCUAUGUUGCCCAAUUAUGGGUUAGCCGAAGGUGAAGAUGACUUUAUUGAAGAAGGUAUUGUUGUAAUGGAAGAUGAUUCUCCAGUGGAAGCUGUGAGCACACCUAAUACUCCCCGAAACCUUGCUGCAUGGAAAAUUAGCAUUCCAUAUGUAGACUUUUUUGAAGAUCCCUCCUCUGAAAGGAAGGAGAAGAAGGAGAGAAUACCUGUGUUUUGUAUUGAUGUUGAAAGAAAUGAUAGAAGAGCAGUUGGGCAUGAGCCUGAACAUUGGUCUGUCUAUAGAAGAUAUCUUGAAUUCUAUGUACUUGAAUCAAAACUAACAGAGUUUCAUGGCACAUUUCCUGAUGCCCAGCUUCCUUCCAAGAGGAUCAUUGGCCCCAAAAAUUAUGAAUUCUUAAAGUCAAAGAGAGAAGAAUUUCAGGAAUAUCUACAGAAACUUCUGCAGCAUCCAGAACUGAGUAAUAGUCAACUUCUGGCGGAUUUUCUCUCCCCCAAUGGCGGGGAAACACAAUUUCUUGAUAAGAUACUACCAGAUGUAAAUCUUGGUAAAAUUAUAAAGUCUGUUCCUGGAAAACUAAUGAAAGAGAAAGGCCAGCAUUUGGAACCUUUCAUCAUGAAUUUCAUUAAUUCUUGUGAAUCUCCAAAGCCUAAACCAAGUAAACCAGAACUGACCAUUCUCAGCCCUACUUCAGAAAACAACAAGAAGCUUUUCAGUGAUCUAUUUAAGAAUAAUGCAAACCGUGCUGAGAAUACAGAAAGAAAGCAAAAUCAGAAUUAUUUUAUGGAGAUGAUGACUGUAGAAGGAGUCUAUGAUUACCUGAUGUAUGUAGGACGGGUGGUUUUCCAAGUUCCUGACUGGCUUCAUCAUCUCUUAAUGGGAACUCGAAUCCUGUUUAAAAAUACCUUGGAAAUGUAUACUGACUACUAUCUUCAUUGUAAACUAGAACAACUAUUUCAGGAGCACCGUUUGGUCUCACUUAUAACACUUCUCAGAGAUGCUGUAUUCUGUGAAAACACUGAACCUCGUUCUCUCCAAGAUAAGCAAAAACGAGCAAAACAGACUUUUGAAGAAAUGAUGAAUUACAUUCCAGAUCUGAUAGUCAAGUGUAUUGGUGAAGAAGCCAAGUAUGAAAGCAUUCGACUUCUAUUUGAUGGCUUACAACAGCCAGUUCUCAAUAAACAGCUGACUUAUGUUUUAUUGGACAUUGUGAUACAAGAACUAUUUCCAGAGCUCAAUAAGGUGAGAAAAAUGUUCUUAGGAGUGUAUCAUUCUGCUUGGGCUUCUAUAACAAAAUACCACAGACUGGGUGGCUCUAACAACAAAUUUAUUUCUCAUAGUUCUGGAGGCUAGAAUCCAAGGGGAAAUUUGGACAUAGAGACAGACAUACAGAGGGAAAAGGAUGUAAAAACAGAGGGAAAAUACGAGCUAUAAGGCAAGGAAUGCCUGAUGCUACCAGAAGCUAGGAGAGGCUUGGGGUAGAUGCUUCACCACAGUCUUCAGAAGGAAACAACCUUGCCAACUUGAUCUCAGGAUGCUUCACCACAGUCUUCAGAAGGAAACAACCUUGCCAACUUGAUCUCAGGCUUCUGACCUCCAGAAGGGUGAGACUAUAAAUUUCUGUUGUUUAAGCCAUCCAGUUUAUGUCAGUUUAUUACAGCAGGCCCAGAUAACUAAUCAGGAAACUUUCCUAAUUUGAGCAAGUGUAGCCAUGGAUCUAUCCAUGGACCACAGACUCCUCAAGGGAGCAACUUUUCCUAAUGGGCAACUGUUGGCAGUCGCAACUUUCUUCUAAGAAACCCUGCUUAUUCUUUGUUAGGAACUGCUGAAGGCAGUUCUGGCACCAAAUGGAUUUAACGGAUCCAUUUGAUCAAGACAGAACAAUUGGUUUAUUUAUCAGUAUGCUUGAAGAAGAUUCUUAGAUGCACAGCCAGUUCAGACAAAUUAAUUAAAUCCCCAACAUUGUCCAACUUGGGCAUUUUUAUUUUUAGUAAACCACUACAAGCCUCAAGACAAUUUCUACAUUAGAUUCUGUAUAUGAAGGCCAGAAAAUGUAAGAGUAUUAUUUAAAAUAUCCUUUAUUUACUGUUUUCUCUUAUCUAAAAAUUGCAUGCAUUUUUCUUCUUGUUUUUUUGGCUGAAAAGGGGGCUAGGGAAGGUUAUCAAAUGGCAAGGGACUUAUGACCAAGAGAAAUGAUACCAGUGAUAAACCAUCAAAAGUUUUCCUUCAGUUGUAUUGUCUCAGGUUAUAAUGUUUGCUUGAGAGAAGAAAUAACUACCAAAGACAAGGAGCAUAUCUUCAGUUUUAUUGCACAAUUGAAUCUACAGCUGUAAAGUGAGGUCAUUUCUUAAACCACUGCACAAUAUAUGCACAUAUAUUUAGAAAACUUACAAAAAAUGUUCUUUAAAAAUUUGUGCUCUAAUAGGAUUCAUUGUAUUUUACUGGCCAAGCAUAAAAAAUAUACUCCAAAUGCACCUUUCUCUAAUUUUCCUCUUCCAAUCCUGUUGACAUUUGCUUAUAGCUAAUCUGUAUAUGCAUAGAACUGAGGGCAUUAUUUUACUGCAGCAGCCUUUUUAAGAUGUUAUAAAAUUUUUAAAGUAUAUUUUGUAUCAAGAGUACUUAAUAUUUGUAAACAUUAACAAACACUCCCUCUCCAAACCUCUAGCUGCUGUUUGCUCACCAUUUUUUUUUUUUUUUCAUUUAUUAUUUUUGAGAGAGAGAGAGAGAGAAACCACAUACAGGGGAAGGGACAGAGAGAGGGGAGAGAGGAUCUAAAGCAGGCUCUGUGCUGACAGCAGGGAGCACGACACGGGGCUCCAAUCCAUGAACCAUAACCUGGACCAAAGAUGGAUGCUUAACUGACUAAGCCACCCAGGUGCCCCUGCUCACCAUUUUUUAAGGUGAAGGCUCCCAUUUCUCAUUGAAAUUUAUGCAAUGCUGAGCAGGCUCACCUGGUCUCACAACCACCUUAAGCAAGUAUUUGUUCUUUUGGUUAUAAAUCAUUUCAUCAGUCUGGGUGUUUCCUGAACACCCACUCAGGGGCUCACUCCCAGGCAGGAGUUCUCAUAUUCAUACUUGAGCAUGACUUAAGAGUGUCCAUAUUUGCAGGCAGAUCUGACUUCAAACUUAUCACGUAUAACACUUAAAAAUAAAUCCUUGUCUCCCCUCUGAGUUUUCCAUAACUGCGGUGGGGGGAUGAGAAGGGACAGAGGGAGAGAGAAAGAGAGACAGAGACUAGGGUAAGUGCUGGCAUCUUGCUGGGGAGAACAGGUACAAGUUUAGAAUCACACCUUAUCUUAAAAGGUUCUCUUCUUAUACCCUCACAUUAGAAAGAAGGGUGGAAAGAGCACAGAGGCAGAACUGAUGGAAUCUCAUAAAAUUAUUCACAGGUAAUACUAUGUAUCAGGCACUCUUCUGCUACUCCUUAGCAAAUAUCUCUUUAACAAAUCUAAAUGCCCUUUAGCUCUUUUUCUUCCAUAAUGUAAAUAUGUCCCCGGUGUCCUGUUCUUCCUUUUCCUUUCUCCCUGCCCCUGGACUAUUUUUUGCAGGCUCUAGCCUUUCCCAUCAUCUGCUGCUGCACUGUUUGUUCCCUGACUUGUUAAAGGCACAUGGGUGGUACAGGAGAGAAUGCUGCCUGUGUUUAGUCCAUGAAACUCAAUGUAACAACAAGAUCUAAAAAGGGAAAAGUUAGAGAUAUGAAAUAAAGCAGAGACUUGUCAUCCAGGAGCUUGAUGCCAUUGACAGUUAUGAGCAGAGGAGACCAUUAAGUAUCUUUCUGAACAGCAACUGGAUGUAGUUGAAAGAGUCUGGACUUGAGGUCAGAAAACCUGGGUGCAGGUCUUAGAUUUGUCACUUUCAGCUGUAUGGCUUUGAACAAGUCAGCUCUUUCUGAGUUUCAGUUUCCCUGUCUGCCAAAUGGGAAAAACAUCGCCUGCCUUGCCCACCAAAAAAAGUUAUAGGCAUCAAAUAAGAUAAAAACUGCCUUGUAAAGGAUAGAGUUCUAUGUAAACAUAAAUUGUUUGGUGGAUUAAAAUGGAUAUUAAAAAAAUGAUUUCUGUGGUUUAAAAUGGUUAAUAUAAGUUUUAUUAAAAUUUGCAUAUGUAAACUAAA